GUGGAUGGAAUCCUUGGUCAACCUGGGGUGAGUGCACCAAAGACUGUGGAGGUGGCCUUCAAACUCGGACCCGAACUUGUCAACCUCCUCCUGAUGAAGGUCUCAUCUGUGAAGGAGUCCUGGAAGAAGGGAGAUUAUGCAACAGGAAAGCUUGCAACCCUAAUGUGCACUAUAACUCCCGGAGUCAGUCUCUACGGUCGACAGAUAACCGGAAAAGAGAUGACAUAGAAGACUUUCAGAAAUACGGCUAUCCUGCGCCACAGAUAGGUGAUCCAGCGGCGGAAGAGUGGUCGCCCUGGAGCGUCUGUUCGACCACCUGUGGGGAGGGCUGGCAGACUAGGACUCGGUUCUGUGUGUCGUAUUCGUACAGCACCCAAUGCAGUGGGCCCCUCCGCGAACAACGCCAAUGCAACAAUUCUGCAGUCUGUCCAGUACAUGGCAUCUGGGACGAAUGGUCGCCCUGGAGUCUCUGUUCGUCAACCUGCGGACGGGGAUACAGAGAUCGCACCCGGAUAUGCAAACCCCCCCAGUUCGGAGGGAGCCCCUGCGAAGGUCCUGAGAAGCAAACCAAGUUCUGCAAUAUCGCUCUUUGCCCAGGCCGUGGUUUGGACGGCAACUGGAAUGCCUGGUCCAGCUGGAGCUCCUGUUCGACCUCCUGCUCCAACGGCACCCAGCAGCGGACGCGAGAGUGCAACGGACCCUCGUACGGAGGGGCAGAAUGCCAGGGACCCUGGGUGGAGUCCCGGGACUGCUUCCUUCGGCAAUGCCCAGAGCCUCAAGAAAUCUGUGAUGAAGACAACCUGGCCUCUGUGAACUGGAAAGAGACUCCAGCAGGAGACGCGGCAGCUGUCCGAUGUCCGCGGAACGCCACAGGGUUGAUCCUACGGCGGUGCCUGCUGGAUGAAGACGGCAUCGCCUAUUGGACGCUUCCCACGUAUGUCAAGUGUGUCUCCAUAGACUACAGGAAUAUCCAGAUGAUGACCAGGGAGCAUCUCUCGAAAGCCCAGCGGGGGCUAGUUGGAGAAGGGAUCUCAGAUGUCUUGCAAAACCUGGUGGAGAUCUCUCAGGACGGAACCAGCUACAGUGGGGACCUCUUGUCAACCUUUGAUGUACUCAGGAAUAUGACGGAGAUUUUCCGCAGGGCCUAUUACAACCCGACUUCGAGCGACGUGCAGAACUUCGUCCAGGUAAUUAGCAACAUCCUGACCGAAGACAACAGAGACAAGUGGGAAGAGGCCCAGCUGAUGGGGCCCAACAUCAAAGAACUUUUCCGCCUUCUGGAAGACUUCAUUGACGUGGUCGGCUUCCGCAUGAAAGACUUUCAGGAUUCUUAUCAAGCGACCGACAACCUGGUUGUCAGUAUCCAGAAGCUGCCUGUUAAGGCAGCUAAAGGUCUCACUUUCCCUGUCAAAGGCUGGCGAGGAAUGGUGGAUUGGGCUCGCAAUGCAGAAGACAAGGUCACCAUAUCGAAAAGCAUCUUCUCCACAGGAGUAUCAGACACUGAUGACUCCUCCGUCUUUGUGGUGGGCACGGUGAUUUAUCGCAACCUGGCCGGGAUCCUGGGCCUUCAGAGGAAUGCCACAGUACUCAAUUCACGCAUCAUCUCUGUGACGGUGAAGCCAGAACCUCAAUCCCUCGUUGCCCUGAUGGAAAUCGAAUUCUCCCAUUUGUAUAACGGAACCACAAACCAAACCUGCAUUGUCUGGGAUGAAGCUGAUGUACCCUCCUCCUCCUCCUCCAUCACCACCUCCUCCUCCUCCUCCUCUUCUUCCUCCUUCUCUCCAUCUCAGCUUGGCGCCUGGUCCUGGAGGGGCUGCCGAACCGUCCCCGUGGAUCCUUUCCGAACCAAAUGCUUCUGUGACCGAGUCUCUACCUUCGCCAUCUUAGCCCAGAUUGCUGCUGACAUG